AUGCUUGCGGAUUUGAUUACCGUCCGUCCGAUGGGACCGGAUUUUCCCGCUAGUCGAGACGUGGUGGACGACUUUUUCACACAACAUCAGACAAUCGUGACCACUAGCAGUCCACCACCGGAGCCCGAAUGGGCGCAAAAACCAAAUAUGGACUUCGGCGAGGUCGAAGUGCGAAUCACCCAGUUUAUGGUAUUAAUCUGUAAGUUACCUAAUGGCAGUACCCCGAGGAUUUGUUCUGCGGUGUGA